CCGCUUCGUUCGCUUGCUGUCAAAAUUCCACGUAAGCGUUCUUUCGUUUCCGGCGCUUCGAGCUGCAAAGGAACACAUUUUGAUUAAUUAAAAGUUUAGCCUCUUUUAAUUAAAUCUUCGUAGAAGUCUACAAUGGCCAAGACCAAGACGGAGAAAAAGGCGAAAUCCGCCAUCAAUGAAGUGGUGACCCGCGAGUGCACCAUCAACUUGAACCGGCGUCUGCACAAGGUCGGCUACAAGAAGCGAUCACCGCGAGCCAUCAAGAUUGUGCGCAAAUUCGCCGAGAAGGAAAUGGGAACCACCGAUGUCCGUAUCGAUACCCGCCUGAACAAGGCUAUCUGGCACCGCGGAAUCAGGAACCCACCCUUCCGCAUCCGGGUUCGACUGUCCCGCCGCCGUAACGACGAUGAGGACUCUCCUAACAAACUGUACACCUUGGUUACGUACGUUCCAGUGCCGACGUUCAAGGAGCUGCAAACGGAGAAUGUUGAAUCGACCGACGAUUAAACUGUAAAUUAAUUACACGCUAAGUUAAGGGUCUUUAACGAAGGAUGGAAUUCCUUCAUCGGUUGCAGUUGGUUCAACAUGUAUUUUGUCAAUGCGAUGAAAGAGGAUGAAUUUGUGGGAAAAUAAACCCCAAGUGGUAAAAACGGA